CAGCUACAAAACUGCAAGUUUACUCACGGAUCACCAAAGUACAGUUUCGCCCCAAAUGACGGUACAACGGCAGAGCAGCUCGCUGGACUUCUUCGCUGUUGGGUCUCCUACGCAGCACAGUUUCAAUAAAUUUAAUAAUCAAACUACUGCACUACUUUUUUCCUCAACAAAUCCGCAAAAUAAUCUCCUCCAAACCUUGUUCCACGUCCGUUCUUCGCUAGGUGAAAAUGGUGAACAAACCGCGCGCGUGUUUACGCUGGUGGCCACACACACACUUUUUCCGUCCUCUUUGCGCGCGUUGACAGCUGUGACGGUAUCGGCUGAUUACACCGCCGGCGCUGCACCGUCGGCCAGUGUGCCCAUCCCAGCGGUGGCAACAACAGACUAAUCACAUUUCUAGUUUUCU